AGGGUAAAAGAAUAAAUAAAUGAAAAAGGAGGAGUGGGGAGAGGGAGACCCACUAUCCCUGAAAUUAUCGUGACGGACACGCCCUCCCCUCUUCUCUCUCCGCAUUUGAAAUUUCUAGGGUUUUGAUCUGAAAAUUGGAGAUGGUACUGUCGCAGAAGCUUCACGAAGCUUUCAAAGGUACAGUAGAGAGAAUCACAGGGCCGCGAACGGUGUCCGCCUUCAAAGAAAAAGGUGUUCUUAGCGUUAGUGAAUUCAUUCUUGCCGGCGAUAAUCUCGUCUCUAAAUGCCCCACUUGGUCCUGGGAGUCAGGUGAACCAAACAAGAGGAAGUCUUACUUGCCCCCAGAAAAACAGUUCUUGAUUACUCGGAAUGUUCCUUGUCUAAGACGAGCUGCAUCUGUUGAAGAAGAAUAUGAAGCUGCUGGAGGUGAAAUUCUGCUUGAUAAUGAAGAUAAUGAUGGCUGGCUGGCAACUCAUGGCAAACCAAAAGAAACUAAAGGUGACGAGGAUGAUAAUGUACCUUCAAUGGAAGCCCUAGAAAUCAGCAAAAAGAAUCCUAUUCAACCGAUCCCCACAUACUUUGGGGGUGAAGAGGAAGAAGAUAUACCAGAUAUGGCAGACUAUGAAGACCCUGACAAUUUAAUUGAAACAGAUCCUGCAACACUCCAGUCUACUUAUCUUGUAGCUCAUGAACCUGAUGAUGAUAAUAUUCUUCGUACUCGAACAUAUGAUGUCAGCAUCACGUAUGACAAAUAUUAUCAAACUCCUCGCGUUUGGCUGACUGGAUAUGAUGAGUCAAGGAUGCUUUUGCAACCAGAACUUGUACUUGAAGAUGUUAGCCAAGACCAUGCACGGAAAACGGUAACUAUUGAAGACCAUCCUCACUUGCCAGGAAAGCAUGCUUCUGUGCAUCCAUGCCAACAUGGAGCUGUCAUGAAGAAAAUUAUAGAUGUGUUAAUGUCACGAGGUGUUGAGCCAGAAGUUGACAAGUAUCUUUUCCUAUUCUUGAAAUUUGUUGCGUCUGUAAUUCCAACCAUUGAAUAUGAUUACACAAUGGACUUCGAUCUCGGUGGCUCAAGCAACUGAUCAGAGGUGGAUGAUCCAGUGUGAAUUGACAAAAUUAUCUCGUGGUGCAUUCUGUAUCGAUGGGCCUUCCACAACAAUAUUAUUGUAUAUAAAUCUAAACUUUUCUUACUAAAAGUCUAUGUAACUUUAUCUAGAAAAAAAAAAAAAAAAAAAAAAA